UAUUUGAGGUUAUUAGCCAAUCAGCGUCGAGGCGAGAUGUAGAGGCGCAGGGUGCGGGCCGGACAGACAGUCACCUACCAGCUGCCGACCCGCCACCUGGUUACCGCCGCCCCUCCUUGUUGAAAGGUGUCUGCUUUAGCCUGGUGUUGACAGACACGUGCACGAGAUGUAUUCCCUGGUAGCGUGGCUCGUCCCCUUCCUGCUGCUCCUCGCCCAGGUGACUCUGGCUCAGGAUGAAGAAGAAAAGGUAAAGGACAUCAUAAUAAUCGAACCUUUCCCGAGGCCCAAGCGGUGCUGCUUUGGCGACGAAAGCUACGGGGAGGGUGAGGUGGUGUUGAGCCUGCCGCGGGUGUGUCUCCAGCUGGUGUGCGAGGACGGCAAGGUGGUGCGGCGCUACCUGGGCAAGCCGGGACAGAAGGAUUGUUGCGAGUUUGAUGGGCAGCUGUACUUCGAGGGUGCCGAGAUCACCUCCCACUGCGUGACACUCCAGUGCCGUGACUCCUGCUGGCACCCGAGCCCCAAGAUUGCUGAAUGCUGCAGCAGAUGUACAGUGUAUGACGAUCCCCACCACAUCACCUUCGACGGCCACCGCUAUGACUUCCACGGCGUCUGUAACUACACUCUGGCCCAGCGCGGUUACGCCUUCUACCCCGACAUGGGCGUGUUCAGUGAGUUCGAGGAGUGUUUCGGCCGCGCCUCCUGCCUCGCCCACACUACCUUCAAGAACGACCGCCACACCGUUAUCACAAUGUCUAACGGCGCCGUGUUUGAUGUGCAAGUUAAUGGCCACCCCUUCUCCAUCUCGGAAGCCAACAAAGUCUACCACCUCAAGUCCCCUGAUGGCUGUCACCCUGUGCUGGCCUGGCGCUCACCCUGGGGCAACCAGUCUCCUCACUGCCUCACCCUCUUCGGCUCCAGCAGGAUUAUGCUGAUCCACUGCCCUCACCGCCUUGACGUCAUCGCCCACGCCACCCACACUGACGAGCUGGACGGCCUCUGUGGACACUUCAACUACCACGUGGACGAUGACUUCACCAGCAGAGGGGGAAUCGUGCACCCGCUCUCCUUCUUCCCCCUCGCCUUCCCUAACUCCUGGAAGACCCAAAUGCAGAGCAACUCCCAAUGCAAGGCGCCGUGCAGGGGAUGCCACGAUGAGGAGACGAAGAGUCCCUGCACCGCUAACGAGACUUUGAGGAGGCGUUUCUUCGAGGUUUGCGACAACGCGCUUCAACCCCAGAUCGGCCGCCUGCCACACCUGCGCCACCACAUCGAGAACUGCGCCUUCGACUUGUGUGUGUUCAACAGCUACAGGAACUCUGAGGACUUCAAAUACUGGCUCUCAGUGGUGGUGGAGAUCGCCAAGAUGUCCGUGCGUUUGUAUGAGGACACUGAAGGUAAUGACAGGACUCGCUGAUGCCCUCAACAGUGAGGCAGAGGACCACCCCACUCCCCCGCCUCAGUGAGGAGCUAGCAGGCCGCACCGUGCACUGCAUUGUUGUAUAGACUUGUACAUAAUGGUUACCUUUUGUUACCUGCGUGGAUCUUUGUUGUAUUUUAAUAAAGCUUUCAAUGUUUA